AUGGCUCAAUUAGAAGCAAUAUUGCGUGCUAGUGGAGAUAUUUAUGACGAUCCAGAAGUUUUAGAACAACUUAGAGAAAAGAGAAUGCGUGCAAAAUGGGCUGAGGCUGCUCGUAAUAGAUAUCACAGAAUGACUGAUGAAGAAAGAAAAUCUCAUAAUAUGAAAAGACGAAUUAAACAACAAGUUUCUGUAAAAAAUGAAGAUAAAAGUUGUGGAAAUUUGGGUGGGGAGGCUAAUAAAAGAAUUAAAGAACAAAAUGCGAGGAAGGCUGAAGCUGCUAGACUGCGUUAUCAUCGAAUGACUUAUGACGAAAAGAAAAUGUAUAAUCAGCGAAGGACUGAAGCAUUUCGACGUAGAAGGAUGGAAGAAGAAACUCUUUUGGCUAUGCCUAUUGGAAGAAUUAAUGGAGAGGCACUUGAUAGAGCACAACAAAUUGUUAUUCGAAAUGCUAAGCGUGCUGAAGCUGCUCGACUUCGUUAUCAAAGAAUGACACCUGAACAGCGAAGGGCUUACAACCAAAAACGUUACACUCCUAAACGUAAACGUCAAAUAAUGGAAGUUAUCUUGGCAGAUGUUGAUCCAGAUUUAAAAAUUGAAAAAUCAGACGAUGAAGAAGAAUAUGAUGCUCUUUCUUCUCUUGAACGUGACGUUUUAAGGCGUACUCAACAAGCACAUCAAAUCUUGCUUCGUCAGCGUGGUCAACAGCAGCAACAGCACCAACAACCAUCCCAACAACAACAACAGUUACCACCACCACCACCACCACAACAACAACAACAACAUUAUAUUUCGCAUAGGACACCUCCAUUGACACACGCGUGA